GCUCGUGGUGGGAGGCUGCCGCGGCGGCUGCUGCCGCAUUGGUGUCUCCCCUAUGGACGAAAACAGCCCUCUGUCUCCCAAGGCAAAUGCUUUCAGUAUCGCCUCUCUGAUUUCAGUCGCCGCCGCCGCCGAGCACGCAGGGAAGGGAGCGCUGGAGGAGCGCAGCGGCGGCCGCAGCGCGCCCGCCCGCCCCGCCGCCCGCCCGCAGAAGAUGCACUUCAGCACCGUCACCAGGGACAUGGAAGCUAUCUCCAGCCCCUGGCUCACCCAGCUGUCCCAUUUUUGCGAUGUUGCAGCUUUCACGGCCAACAGCCUGAGCAGCCUGAACGCCUCCGGGGGGUACCACCUCUCCCCCUCCCCGGGGGACCCGUACGGACAGCAUGAACCGCCGCACUACGAGCCCUGCACGGCUCAGCAGCACCCGCACCCACCGCCCCAGCCGCAGCACGGUUACCCCUUCGGCGGGGCGGCGGCGGCCGGGGCCAACCCGCCGCCUCCGGGCCCCGAACCGCCCGACGGCGCCGGGGGAGCCGCCGCGGGGCCCGCCGCCGUCUCGGGCUGCUCCGCGGGGACGGCCGCCGCGGCCAAGGCGCCGGUGAAGAAGAAUCCGAAAGUGGCCAACGUGAGCGUGCAGCUGGAGAUGAAGGCGCUGUGGGACGAGUUCAACCAGCUGGGCACGGAGAUGAUCGUCACCAAGGCCGGCAGGCGCAUGUUCCCCACCUUCCAGGUGAAGAUAUUCGGCAUGGACCCCAUGGCUGACUACAUGCUCCUCAUGGAUUUCGUCCCUGUAGACGACAAGCGCUACCGGUAUGCCUUCCACAGCUCCUCCUGGCUCGUGGCCGGCAAGGCCGACCCCGCCACGCCCGGCAGGGUGCACUACCACCCGGACUCUCCAGCCAAAGGGGCGCAGUGGAUGAAGCAGAUCGUCUCCUUCGAUAAGCUCAAGCUGACCAACAACCUGCUGGACGAUAACGGCCAUAUCAUUUUGAACUCCAUGCACAGAUACCAGCCGCGCUUUCACGUGGUCUACGUGGACCCCCGGAAAGACAGCGAGAAAUACGCGGAGGAGAACUUCAAAACCUUCGUCUUCGAGGAGACGCGCUUCACGGCCGUGACCGCCUACCAGAACCACCGGAUCACGCAGUUGAAGAUCGCCAGUAACCCUUUCGCCAAGGGAUUCAGAGACUGUGACCCCGAGGACUGGCCCAGGAACCACCGGCCCGGGGCCCUCCCUCUCAUGAGCGCUUUCGCCAGAUCCCGAAACCCGGUGUCGUCCUCCGCGCACCAGAACGGCACGGAGAAAGAUGCCGCCGACGGCCGCCGGGACUACGAGCGGGACGCGGCGGGCGGCGCGGCGCUGCAGGCCGAGGCGGCACACCAACAGCUCAUGUCGCGCGUGCUCAGCCCCGCGCUGCCGGGCGGCGCCGGCGGCCUCGUGCCCCUGAGCGGCGGUGGCCGGCCCAGCCCGCCGCACCACGAACUGCGCCUGGAGCCCGCCGCCUCGGAGCCGCUGCACCACCACCCCUACAAGUACCCGCCGGCCGCCGCCUACGACCACUACCUGGGGGCGAAGAGCCGGCCCGCGCCCUACCCGCUGCCCGGCAUCCGCGGGCACGGCUACCACCACCACCACCAUCACCACCACCACCACCACGUCAACGCGGCCGCCAACGUGUACUCCCCGCCCGCCCCGCCCGCCAACUACGACUACGGGCCGCGGUAACGCGCCCUCGACGCGAGGGACCGGCGCGUGCCGUAACCGUUAGCCGUCCUCUCUUUCCCCUCCCCCAAUCCCUUCCCUCCUUUCCCUCUCUCCCGCCUCGCGAGCGAGCCGAUUGGUCAGCUCGAUCCGAUCGACGUCCGGACCGGCCAUUCCCGAGCCGCCGGGCUGCGAAGGGGGCCGCUGUCUGCCCCGCAGCCGCGCUUUGAUAAACGGAGCCACGUGCUGCUGUCGCCCCGCUCCCGGCCUCGCGCCUCGCUCCUGGCGGGAAUCCGGUGUGUGGAGCGCGGGGCUCUGGGAAGACGGUGGGAGGACGGGGAGCGGUGAGUGAGGGAGCGGGCACCGAGCCCCAGGCGGCGGCUAGGGGCUGGGAGCGGCGCCGUCCGCUCCGGGGUUUCAGCGGUAGAGGAGGAAGGGGGGGGUGGGCGCUGCGGGUCGCGGCCUCGUGCUGCUGUGCUGCGGGGAGGGGAAGGGUGGGCGGCGGCGGGGCCGGAGGCCGCGUGGUGUCGGCGCUGCCGGGCCGUUCGGGCGCAGCCGCGUUCUACGGAGCUGCGACGAGAAGCCCGGCCGGGAGCACCGCCACGUGCGGCUCCUCGACGGCACGGAAACCGAGACUGAGAUUUAAAACGGUGAGGGGAUGAGGGAGCGAAUGGCCGCGGGGCUCAGGCUCUCGCAGCCAUAACGUGUGAGCCGCCCCUGCGUCCUUCCCUGCGCUUCUGGGGCCGUGUUCCACCUCCCGCCCCCCCCCCCCCAGCGCCUCUUACGGGCGCUUCCCCACAAUGCCCCUCUGCUAUGCGGCCGCCCCGAGCGGCGGCAGUCCCAAAGCGCCCAUCUGCACCUCCCUGCUCGCUGCAGCUUCCCUCUUAAAGCUGGUAAGUACUCCUGGUUUUUGUCCUUAAACUUCUCCUCGGUUUUUCCUUAAUUGUCGAGGAGAUGAGCCUGUCUGUCACACUUACCAGCGGUGUGUUUUGAAUAGCUGGCUUGUAUUUCUUGUCAGAAGGUUGCCGAUUGUCAGUCCUUUUGUGUUCAGAGAAGGUAUUGAGCAGCUCUGCCGUGUUGGUAUACAGUAUUAUAAAUGCGUUCCUGAUUCUCCUGCUAUGAAAAGAAGAGGGGUCAUUAUUAUUUUUUUUCUUUUUUUUUGGAGUCCUCUGUUCAUGUUUGUGCAUUUUCACUUCAAACUGCUACUGUUUACCAGUGUCUUCUAGAGUAUGACCUGUGCUGUGCGGGUGGCAGUGUUAGCAGCAGCGCUUGUUCUGUCUGUGGCAGCUGGCACUGGGCUCACAAAACGUUUUGGAAGGGUGUGAGGAGGGGUGCAGGCUGACGGGGACAUGUCAUGUAUUCUUUUUUCUGUUAUAAAAAUAUAUCUGGAUCCAUGAAAAAGAGUUGUGCAAGAAAUAUGUAUUUUUUUGACAUUUGCAGUGAAUUGUGAGAUUCUUUGUGUCUGACAAAACCAUAAUUGAUGUUCUCAGCAAGGCUGAUGUAAAAUAGCUUUGUGCUUAGCUCUCUGAUGUGCUCUGUUGCUUUGCCACUGUUGUGUCACAGUUCUCAGAUAUGAAUUGCUAUCUGUAAAUGGAUUAGUGCCAAAGCUUUGGUCAAACCUUUAAUGAAGUUGUUAUAUUUAUUAUUUCUUUCAAAGAUUAUACAAACAUUUUUUUUCUUGAUAGUUGCAACAUGAGGGAAAAAUGAAGAUAACCAAAGAAUCGUAUCUGCAAAUAGUGUAGAUAAUUGUAGAUAUAUGUAGAUAAUUGUGUUAUGCUUAAAUUGGAAAGACAUCAGACAAUGACAUUUAUAAAUGUUUUUCCUCUUCUUUCCCUCUCUUUCUUUUCUUUGUUUGGUUACUUCUGUAUGCCCAUCAGUUUGCCUGCUCCAAAGUUGAAGCCUCCCCUGCAAGAGGCGGCCGUUAAAUAAGGAGGGAUGCUCCACUGGAGCUCCAGGAGUUGUUUACCCCGAGCAAACAGUGGGGCUUCAUAGGUGGCUGCCCCCUCCAUUUUGUCUCCCCGGUUGCUGGUGGUCUCCCAUUAUGCAGCAGCUUGCAGGGUUGGGGUCUUACGUUGAAAUGAAUAUGGUACGCUUCUAUUUAUGCUUGUUGGCACCUGUUUUCUUAAAACAUACAGAGUGCAGCAGGAGGUGCUGCUGGCUUCUACUGCAGACUGGCCACACGCUUUUUCAAAUGCAUUUUGCUUCCCAAGCAGUGAGAGGACUGAAGGACUCGACAUCAGGACCAAACUGUGCUCCUGCAGAAAGCGACUCGAGGUCCUUGCCCUGUCUGUAGGAAGCACAGUGUAUCUCUUUUAGAGGAAUAUCACAGGAUUUCCACCUAUGGCUGUGGGCUCUGGGCCCCGAGGGUCACCAGGCUGUCCUCUGUGCUGUCCUGCAGGCGCAGGGAAUCCUGCUCAGGAAUCAGAAGAACAUGAAACUGUGUCAUGCCUAUCAUUUUAAGCGUUUAAAUGGUUUCCAUCCUUUCACUGAUGGCUUUUAAACUAUCAAUUCUCAAGGUUCUUUCCCAUGUUAGUAUUAGGCUUGCUAGCGGCCCAUUUUGCAUCGUGUUUUAGCCCUUAAAGCACGCUGCCUGAGGGCUUUCACCAGUAUUUCCUCCUUGUGAGAUGUCCACGUCUCACUGGAUGAGACUUCCAGAUACGAGAGACACAAUCGGUUCUAUUUCUGUUGCAACAGAAAAUUUACUUGCAACGAGCAAACAUGAAGAAGUUUGUAGCACAGCACUUGGAGCAGUGGAAAUCUUCUUGAAAACUGCACAGAGCUGUAAUGUUUUAAUUUCAUGUUACCUGUUGGCCAGUUAGUCGAGCUAUAAACGAGGCACGGCUUGUGCGUGAUACCUGUGUUGCAGUUUCAUUUGAAAAAUGACUUUGUAUGGUUUGAUUACAUGUAUGUUUAAACUUCACUCAGUACCUGCUGUCACUGAGACCUGUGGCAUGUACCUGAAAGAAACCUGCAGCAUUUCCAGACAGUGCUUCCACUUACAGUUGCCUCAAGUCACACAUAAUGCUGUGUAUUUAAAAGCUGCUGGUAAAACAGGCUUGAGCACCAGGGGUACAAGCAUCCUUUGUCUCUCCCAAAGAGCACUAGAGAAUAAAUUAGCCAUGUGGCUCCAUUUUCCAGAGGUACAGGCUGAAUUUACUGGUUGCUCCAAAGGUCUGAAGAACACAUUGCUUGCUGCAGUGGGUAAAUAGAGGAUUAGGCACUCGCAGGUGAAACAAGGGAGGUCUUUGCUUGAUCAGUUACCAGGCUUCUGGGAGCUUGUUUUGCUGUUUUUCCUUUUUGGAGGAUCCAGCUAAACUCAGUGUAGGGAUAAGAGUGUGGGAUGAGACCGAGCUGUACUGUGUGUUCAUGAACGCUGUUUACACACUUCAUUGGUUUGUUUGUUUGUUUGUUUUAAUUUUUCUUUCUGCUUGUGCACGGCCUGGUGAUAAUCUGGGUGGAACUGAAGGGGGUCAGCAGGAGGCACCUGUCAGCACGGCUGGGCUCUCGGUCAUCUCACGUGCCCACGAGCACAGGGUGCAUCAGUGUCCGUUGUGUGCAGAAUGAGCUGAGGGCUGCAGUAAGAGCAGAAGUCAGAUUGCAGCUGCUGGGCUGGGCAGGAUGUUGUAUUUGCUUUGGUCACUGCUUGCUCUGUACAGCUGCUGAGCCCCGUUGUCCUUUUCUCAGCCUGUUCUGGUGGCUGCGAUCCUCUUCCGUGGUCACAGAGAGCAAAUAUUCACCUGCAGAAUUGUCCUCCUGCGCCGUAGGAUUUUGGUGGGAGUGGAUUCCGUGCCGGUAGCCGGCAGGUCGACGUUUCUGGACCUCCGCCGUGACGUUCCUCCCCGAGUUCCCCCCCGGCAGGUUCCUUCUGCUCUGCGGCUCCCCUCCGCGCAGCCGCUGGCCUGGAGGGCGGGGAGCGGCGCCGCGAAGCCCCUGCGCCAGCGCUCGCGGCGGUUUGGUGCGCGGCCGUGCGCUGCUCGGCGUCGGGCAUCCCUGCAGCUGGCGGCCGCUGGCCGUGCCCGAAGAGCAAGCUCCCUCCAGAGGGAAGAGCAGCGCAUCGCACCGAGCGGAUGAACGCCUGGGGAACGAGCCCUUAAGAAAACUUGUGCCCGAGCUUGUGGAUACGCAAUCGGAGAGAGAAACACAGAUUUGGCUUAGGAACCUGAGAUGUGAACUUCAAAGCACGUGGGCACGAAUAAGGAAGUGUAGCAACCUGUGGGUUAGUGUGUGCGAUAAUUGGCCAGCAGUAACUCGGCUGUUGCUGCAAGGCUCUGCUAUGAGACAUGCAGCCAAAAUAGCAUUGCAUACCUACCUGCCUGCGUGCUUUUAUUAAACAUCGGAGUUUUUUCCUGUUAGUUAUCGAAUUUCCCCUGAUUAGUAAGAUAUUUAAUUUACAAGAGCAAAUUAAUUUCACCUGAUCCCAGGUGAAAGCAACCAUGCCCAGGGACUGCUGUGAAUGGCCGUUACCAUGAAUUCACCACGUGCUUCUGCCACAUGCUCUCGACUGAAGCAGCAGACACCCACAGUCUGUGAGAAUCUCUUUGGUACCUGAGGUUUGCUGAGCUCCACGUGCAGUAUUUCAUGCUUCAUCUUUUGCCCAGUGUGUUGUACAUGUGAUCGAGGUGAAAAGCAGGAGCUGGUUUUGAAGGUAUCUGUUACCUUGGAAGACGUGGAUGUGCCCUCGUGUGCUGUAGUGCAAAAUGCUGCUUUUCAGAGGUCUGCCUCCUGUCAGGAAAUGCACGGAAAGUCGUGCAUGUGUUGCAUAUGCUAUAAAAAAAUGCACUCACUGCCACCAUUAAUGGAAAUGACCUAUUGUGAAUUUACCAAAGAUACCAUAGUUCUAUAAAUUGGCCGCAUGUGUCUGUGUAAUAUAUUUGUUAUAUCGCAUUUCAUAGCAUUUCUGUUUUAUGAAAUUCAGCCCUGAAUAUAUCACAUAUGUUUUGCAUAUAUGUGCAAUAGUCGGCCAAGUAUAUCCAAGUAAAGUAUGAUGAAUGUGUUCUUUCCAUAUGGGAAAUUAAAUGUUUUUCCAGAUUAAAAAAAAAAAAGUUUAUGAAGAGCAGCCUAUACAAAAUAAUUACAAUAAAUCACUCACUUUUAUUCAAGUUAAAAUUUAAUUUAGAGUUAGUAACAAAGUGAUAAAGAACAAAAGCCACAGAAGUCACAUGCAGGACCUAAUUCUAUAAGGAUACAGAGCAUUGUAAUGAAGAGAAUGUAUGCAUUCUUAAGGCUCCUGGUGUAAAAUCACAGAAACUUGAAUACCAGCUUGCAGCUUAAGCUCAGGUCGUGCUUCUGUAGCUGAUAAAGGAGAGCUGCUGUCAACUCUGUGAGAGGAUGGGCAUUUCAUGUUGUUCACCUCACUGAGAAAACAAGUGCCCUUCUCUGCGUGUAGCCAGAGCUUAGGUAGGGGAUCUGGUAAUUGCUGUUUGAACGUGCUGAGUGGGUGCUGGUCCCUGGGGAAGGAAGGGGUAUGUAUGGGUUUUUGCAGCUCAAUAGACUGCUGUGGGGAUAGCAGUGCUAACAGCCCUGGGCUGUAGCAGGGGCAGGGCAUCGUGCAGCUGCUGCUAAAAUGGGUGCUAGCAUAAACUUGGAGGAAGUCCCUGGGCCAUGUCUGAAUUGGAAAAGGAAGUUAAACAUGGAAUAAGCAUGUGGAGCUUACUGAAGCACACUGAGCGGGGUCCUCGCAUGAGGAGUUGCUUCAGUGGCUGUAACGUGGCUGAUGGCUGGGCUCUGCCUCAGUUCUGCCUUCUUUAUUCUGCUCGCAUAGUGCUCUCAUCAUCCCUCGCUGCACCCCACCAGGCAGGCACUUGGCACUGGUACCCAGCGUGAAAACCUUCCUGUGCUGAACAUCUUAGGGCUGGACAGGACGGUGAGAGGGAGCGCAGCAGCUCUCCUCCUGCUCUGAUUUUACUUGAGUGCUGCCUCACAGGUUUAUUUCUGCAAACACGAAGUGAGUCUUUCAUGCUAUUCCCUUUCCUGCUUGUUGUCAUCUACUUCAAGCCAGAUGGGCUCAGCUGAUAACGCUGUAGGGACUCAAUGUCUCUGUUCAGCAUGAUGCCAAGCCUGCAUGCCAUCAAAAUAUCUGAGCGAAAUGUACCUGAAGAGAUAACACUUGCCAUGAGCUUUGUGUUAAAAGCAGUUACCUGCUUUUCUGUGAGCAUGAUGUAUUCACCAAGAUUUCACAUCAGCAAUUCUUUCAAGUUAACCAGCAAGACAAAUACCACGUGUCUGAUGUCUGCCAUGUUGGAAGUUAUUAUAUAGUUCACCUUCCUCCACCUAUGCCAGAACUCGUUUAUAGCGAGCAGCACGGUGUGUGCAUGGGAUGCCAGAGCUGGAGAGCAGGUCUUGCUCAGCAUUUCAAGAUCCUCCCUGUGUUCCCUGUUCUGGACGUAAUCAGGAUCUAUCAUCCCCACAGCUGGUAGGAGAGAGAUUGUGUCUCUAUGGAAAGUGUUUUGGUUUUUUUAAUGUUCUGAUUUAUGCACUCUGAAUAAAAACUGAGAACAAAUAGCAUCCCAGCUGUAAUCUCAGUUUGAUGUACCAUCUUUUUAAAUUAGAAUUUCUAAUUGAAGUAGGCAAUUGUCAGAGUAAGUAUUUGCACUGCUCUGCUGUAAGGAGUUGGUGCAGCUCUGGGCCGGUGCUGCUGCAGUGCGUGUGGCUGCUUCCAGAGCUCAGCCCUUCUGCUGCUAUUGCCACUGGUGUGGGAAGCAGAGCACAAGUUGAGUGCUUGUCUGUGUGAGCACACGCUCAUUUGCAGGUGCCCGUGGUUGUCUGUAGGAUUUCCUAAUGGUCCAACCCCUUUAAACAAGGAUGUGGGCUGGCGACAGCAAGUACUUCUGAAGCUGCUGUAUGAGUUCUAAAAGGCAGGCUGUCACUUCACCUCCUGCUCAGUCUGGGUUCUCUUCUCAUGUGCUGUCCUUGUCCUGCAGGGCAUCUGGCACCUUGCUGGAGGUGCUUGGCUUCAAGGUUCUUCUUUGGAGAUCUGAGCUCUUAUAAGGGCUGCUUCCAUUUGAGUUUCGUGUCCUCUCCCUUUCUCUUCCUCUUAUGACACUGAACUGCACAUCAAAUUCCUAUGCGGUAAGUCAGAAUAAGGCACUGUACAGUAAUGUUGGUAUAACAUACAGAUGUAUUUAAUUAAUUAGGGGAGUGGAAUGUUCAAAACUGGGACAUUGUGUUGCCAUGUUCCCAACUAUGCAGUUUAAUAACACAUAGCAUCAAUAUUUUUGUGAUGGAUUGUAUUGAAGGAAAAUAAACCACCGAUAGCUGAAACUUAAAAUUUACCUCUUCAGACAUGAGCACAAAAUGUACCGGGGAUGUGAGGACGCUGUUAUGGGAAAAAGAAAUUGUAAUAGGUUGAGUAAAUGAAGCUGAUAUCCUUUAAAAAUGAAUAGAGGAGAAGAUGGCUCCACCCAAAUGAAGCCGUUGUGUGUGUUGUUUGGUAAGGGGGGCUGGUAAUAAAGCCAGACAUGGCAACAGCUGCGUGCCCAACCGAGGCAGUCGGGACCAAAGGCUGGCAGUGCGUGGUGCGGCCAGGGGACGGGGAGUUUGGCUACUUGCUGUGUUUAAUGUGGUAUUGUUGGCAAGUCUUACAGCAAGUGUGCUUCAGGUCUGCCUCCUGUAGCCAACAGGGCAGCACGUUUUUGUUGUGUUUAGUUUCAUACUGUGAGAUCCUCAAAUGAACUGCCAAAAACCGCUGCGAUCUUCAUUCUUGUUAGUUUUCUUCAUGUUAUAAAAUAAACCUGCAGUGCACAGAUUAAAUGGAGCCUGGCCUACUUGUAAAAUCACUCUAGCGUGGGGAUCCAGGCUGGAAUUGCAGACUACUACAAAGACAAAGCUGUUCUUUAUUCCUUACUCGUGCCAUCGUUAUUAUUAUUUCUCUUGGUAAUACACAGAAUGGUUAUGCUUAAAUAUAAAAUCUUCUGUCUCAGCACUGCUUUAACAUGGGCUAGUGUUAAUCCAGGUAGUCAUGGGCCAUGUUUUAUGUAAUGAUCCACACUUUCACACCACAGACACACAGGCCAAAGGGAAGCACAUUGAUUUAGUGCUGAGUAAUCCUUGUUUAAUCCCUAGUCCUUUGGUUUGCAUCACUACGGUGUCUCCUGCAGUAGUCAGCAUUCAAUCUUCAUUCUUGGCUGACUGAAUUAAAGGAAAGAUUUAUUAAUUUUUAAGAAGUUGGCUUUGUAGGUGCAUCUUAAGUAAGCUCAAAAUCAGAGCGGUUCAGAAACCAAUAUUGUCUUCACUAUAAUAAUCUGCUCCUUCAAAUACGAUCCCAGCUGAGCUGCACAGCCUCCCUUCGUGGUCACUCGUGCAAUGCGCAGCACAGGGCUGACCUCAACAGCAGUCCUGUUGCAGGCCCUCAGCCUCCUUCCUUUUUCACUCAUAUACAGUUAAUCUCUUCCCUCUCAUCGACACCGAAGUCAGCAAUGCUUGCUUUAUGGCCCAGGAGCUGAUAAGAGAAGGUUUGGAACUGAUGGGUUCAUUUGCAGAAAAUACUGGGGGGUGUCAGAGAUCGCCACUCAUUGCAGUGGUGAUAAAUAUUCUGUGUAAUUGCUGAACAAAUGUUAGUGUUUGGGAUUUAUUUUCUAUUAGUUUAUGGAUGCUUGUUGCUUUCUUCCCUCUUGUAGUGCAAAGGCAGUGAUCCUCGGGAGGAAGCCUUUUGUAAUAACUUGGCUGUCAUCACCUUUGCUCCUGAAUCCUUCAGGCCAGGUACAGGCUAGCCCUAUUCCAUUCUCGACAGGGAUGUUCCAGAGCUAAUGCCAGCAACUUAAGUUGGCUCUUUACUCAAACCUUCCUGCUAGAAAGUCAGCUGAAAUGUUGACAGAUGACCAUGCUUGUGUUUCAGUUGCAAGGAGCUUUAGCAAUAUUUCCCCCCUCCCCUCUGGAAAUAUUGUACUUUUCUGGAUGCUGUCAGAUAACUGCAUUUUACAGUCUGUAUGAACAUACACCGUCCUUCUUGUGGAAGUUACUCAGCUUUGGGAAGGUCCAGGUCUGCUCCUUAAGCAAAUAAGCUUGUAGAAAACUGUAAUUCUAGUUCAAACUAUGGCAUUCAGGCUCAGCUCUAAACCAAACUAAUCUAGUCUGGUUGUUCAUUUCAAGGAAACUGUAAUGUGAAAAAAAUGAAAAUUCUUUUUACUGUUUAAAAAAAAUUGCCAGUGAUCUACAGCACUAACGUGUCAUGGAUGGUGCCUGGGUAAGGCAAAAAGAACAAAGUGUAGGAUGGAUCUGUUCUUGCAAGUGGAUCUGCACGUGUCCUUCCUCCUGAAGCUGAUGGGACUCUUUGCCUCUUCUGCCUGCUACUAAGAAUACAG